AUGCAUUUGAAAAUAUUAAUAGGAAGAAGAUCAAGAUAGUUGAAAGAGGGAAAUUUUGAGGCAGAGAAUCCAAAUGAGAGAAUGCUUAAAGAAACAACUAGUUAAGCUCACCACGCUGAAUUCAUGAUUGCUAAAGAGAGAGAAUAUGAAAAAGUUAAAUAGGAACUGUAUACAGAAUUCAAAAAAUUGGAUUAUAAUAAUGAUGAUACUAUCACGUUGAAUGAAAUAGUCAAAUAUCUUUAAGAAAAGGUAGGUGAUUUUUAAAUUCAAAUAAAUGUUGAAUAGGGAGGCUAGGACAUUGAUACAGGCAUUGCAGAAGAAAUAUUUAGAGAAAUUGAUAAAGAUAACAGUGGGACUAUUUCUUUAGUUGAAUUUGUAGAGUCUUAUUUUGAUUAGCAAAGAGAAAUCGAAGAGAGAGUUGAGGAACUUAAUAAGAUGAUUAUAGAGGACGAAAAGAAGAAGAAUGAAAUAAUUGAGAAGCUAAAAGAAAUACAAAUGAGUGAACAGAUGAACCAAUAUGGCAUCAUGGUGGGAAGUGUAUUAACUGCUACUGUUAUUGAAGCAAGAGAACUAAGAACGAGUGGACAGCCUAAUCCUUAUGCUAUUUUGACAGUUGAAGGGUAAAAAUCAUAAACGGAUCAAGUUAAUGGUAACUCUGAACCAGUUUGGAACGAAAUAAUUAGUUUUGACAUUACAACUGGAAAGGAGCCCUUAAUCGUUCAAGUAUAUAGUAGAUCUAAUAUUGGGAGGGAUCAAUUGAUUGGACAAUGUGAGGUUUAUAUGGACGGUUUGAUAGAUUAAUAUAAGCACGAUGAAUGGUUUUAAUUGGAAAACUAAGGAAAUUAUUUCGGAAAAAUUAGAAUGACUCUUCACUGGAUUCACUCAAGAAGGAAGUUUCUUUAAGAUAUCCUCAAAAUUCAAGAUAAUGCUAUCGAUGAAGAAACUUAAGAAAGAAAUGCACUGGAAGCUCAGCUCUAAAAUAUGAAAUCCCCUUUCGGUUUUCUGUAAGCUUACUAUAAUAAAGAGCAAAUAAUGGAUAAUGGUACCGGAGGACUUAAAUUCCAAAAUAUAUAAUAGUUUUAAGCUUAAGCAUAGGUUGUAGAAAAGAGGGCAGAGUAGAAAUUUGAUGAAUACUCAAAUAUAAUAGCUUCAAAGAUAGGAAUGAAAGAAAUUCCUUGGUAUAGUUGGACUCUUUACUUGACUUUAAUUUAUACAAUUCUAACUUUGCUUUUGACUGUUUGCACAGUGGCAAUCUAUACUUUACUCAAUCUGAAUAAAUAAGCCAAGAAUACUUUUAGAAUGCUUGUCGGUGGAAUUUUAAUAUCAAUUAUCUAUGAUCUAGUUUGGUUUUCACUUAAAACUACUGAAUAUGAAAUUGACUCAAAAAAUGACCCUGGAGUUGAAAAAUCAAUCAAGCACUUUUCCCUCUAUGCUUCUUAUAUUUCAUUUUUUGUGAGACUCAUAAUGGGAAUGAUUUACUGGAAAGACUCACUUGAUUUCGAUAAUAUAAUGCUCGGAUAAAAGAUAGCAAUGCUUGAAUAAAGUCCUUCACCAAAAGAGAGGAGAUAGGAUAAUAUGUUUAUAAGAGAUGUAAGUCCUCAAGGUAAAGGAAAUGGCAAUUUCAGAUUUUGA